AUUGUUUCCACUCAUGUUCCAGCUCUGGACCGCAACACAAAGGUGAAGCUUGAUAACGCCUGAGGAGCUGCUGGGUUGUGAUUGGAGGAGAGAGGCGUGUUCAUGGCAGGAACGCAGCGCUCAGGUGGAGGGAGAGUCGGACACACAACACACCGACGCAGCGGCGCUGCUCUCACACACGGCGAGGACGAGCGGAGCUCAGCCGGCGACCCUGUAUCCUUUUGGCUGUGCGUUGUCUGAAUCUGCGGUGGACUGAGAGGAAGAUUCCCAAAACAACAGAAGGGACUAUACCUGCUGCAGCAACAGCGGACUUAAAAUAAACCACCUGCCUGGUGGCGACAGUGAAACUGUUCAGCUUUAGGGAGUAAGUUUGGAAUCAUUUGCAUGUGGCCCACAGCUGGAGACGGAGAGAAGAAUCCUCAUGAAAUAACAAAUCACUUGUUGCACCUGAAUGUGCAUCAGAAGAUGCGUGUUUUUUCCACAUUUUAGCUUUCCCCGAAACACACAACUAAUGUGAUGUGUUUUGGGAGCUGAACAGCUGUUUGGAUGGACGAGUUCUGCAGCUGAGACCCGAGAGACCGAAAACAAUCUUUUUAAAGUUUUUUUUUCUCUCGUUUUUAUUUCUGUCCGCCAAAUAAAGAGAGGAAUAGGACGGAGUAAAUCAGGAGAGAGAAGGAUAUGGAUGGUGUUGUUGGGUCUGAAAUCCUUGAGUCUGCAGCUGGGAUGCACUGUGCGUCAAAGCGGCGACGUUUCACAUCAUGAUACAGGAUCAGAACCGCACCUGACCGCGAAUGUAAAUCUGAUCGAUCCCAGCGAACCCAACAAGGAUUUACUAUGUCCUCACCACACACAAGGAAGCUGACUCUGUACCAGGUCCUGACCUUUGUCCUGCUGCUGGUCGCUCCCGGCUGCCUCUCCUCUCCACAGAAAGCCUCUUGGGUUUCUGUGUGGGGUCCUGCCGGUGAGACUUUGUCGGGGCGUCUGGCACGUGCACGGCGUCAGCUGCACUUCAGAAACGAGUGGGCCAUGUGGAGCGGCUGGUCCGUCUGCUCACGAAGCUGUGGGGGCGGAGCCUCUGUGCGAACACGCACCUGCAUCACCAGGAACCCAGUUGGUGGACCAUGUGCAGGAGAUCCUCGACAAUACAAGAUCUGCAACACCAAGGAAUGUCCUCCUGGCUCGGAGGAUUUCCGAGAAAUGCAGUGCGCUGCCUUCAAUGACAGGCCGUUGAUGGCAGGAAACUCCUUCAAAUGGACCACCUUUCAUGGAGGCUCCAGCCCCUGUGAACUCAGCUGCCUGGCCUUGGGACACAACUUCUAUUACAACUUUGGUCAUGUGCUUGAUGGCACAACCUGCGGCAAGGAGACAGGAGCCGUGUGUGUUAACGGACAUUGUCUGAAGCCUGGCUGUGACUUCAUCUUGGGUUCAAAGCAGCAAGAAGAUGCCUGCAUGGUGUGUGGCGGACAAAACACCACCUGCCUUCACCACAAGAGCGUGUACCAAAGCAAUGGUCUGGAGGCAGGAGGGCCUUUCGGGUACAAUGAAGUGGCUAUGAUACCAGCUGGAGCCACACAUAUCCGAGUCACCGAUAACAGCAGGAAUUAUCUUGCACUGCAGAAUGGUCACUCCCAGUUUCUGAUCAAUGGUAACUGGAAGAUCAGUGUCCCGGGCGAAUACAACAUAGCUGGGACGAAACUUCUGUACCGACGCUCAGCAGACACCUGGGAGAGCUUUGAGGUGCCAGGACCCACCCAGGAAGACCUGCAUCUAAUGGUUCUGGCCACAGACAGAAACUCAGGGAUCGAGUAUGAGUACUGGCUGCCACCAGACCAGUACGCCCUCUAUCAUGGGAGGAGAAGCCCCCUGCGACAGGCCCACCAUACUGCCAACUACUUCCUUUGGAAUCAACCAACCACUUCAACCACUACUACUACUACCACCACCACCACCCGGCCUCCCCCAGUGACCACCCAACCCCACUGGUUUUUAAAACAUUUGAAGCCACCACGUCAGUCUUUUCACCACAACCGCCACCAGCACCCUCAUCAGCCCAUAGCUCGCCUGGAGCGGGAGGAGAGCCAUCGAAACCGACUUCCUCAGCCUUCACCUGGAAGGCAUUGUUGGAAAUGUCUAAGGAUUAAAGGUCGAAGGGAGCGCCAGAGACAGUAUUGCCAAAAGGACUUUGUAUUUCGGGCUAGAGUGAUAGAGAAGCUUUACAGAGGUCAGGAGACUCGGUAUGAUGUUCAGAUCAUCCACACCUACCGGAACCGCUUCCGCCUGGAGCACCGGGAGUUCCUCUGGGUCCCGAAUGUGUGUGACUGUCCUCACCUGGAGGUGGGGCAACAGUACAUCCUGAUGGUGCGUCGCCACAUAAACUACGAGCACACCCUGAACCGCAUCCUGCUGGAAGAGGAUAGCUAUGUGGUGCCAUACAGACCCAGAGAGGACGAACUGCUGCGACCGCUUGAAAGGCUCUGCAGCAACAGAGGACCCAAACAACCACCAGAGCAGAGAAGAAGAGUCUAGUUUGUGACGGUGUUUGUCAGAGAAUGAGGCACAUAGUUUAUUCAUCAGCCAUCUUUCAUUGUGGAUCUUCAAACUGAUGUACCCUGUAGUGUGACAUCACUGGAGGAAGAUGACAGCUGGAUCGUUGAUGGUUUCAACUUUAUUUGAAACUUGUCACAUGAACAAACCAAAAGAACUCCACGUUUAUUUAAAAGCCUGACCAGCUUAUUGUACCAGGUAGAGCACUUUAGGUGGAUGCUUGUGCCCACCUUUAAACAAAUACCAAAGAGAAGAACAUUGACUGAACUCUGCUGGUUUCCCACAGCAGGCAUUUAUUUUUUUUAUUGUUUUUGUCUGUGUGUUAUGUGUGUGAAAACUUAAAAGAAAAAUCUCCUUAAACAAUAGCUGUACUGAAUUCCACUAAAUACAUGAACCAGAUUUAUUUAAUGUUUAAACUCCUUUUAUUUUAUAUAUUAAGUAUCGUUUGUCCAGAUGCAAUAUUUUGUGAUCUACAGCUGCAAGUGUUAAAUACUGAUGAGAUUUGCGUCAGUCUGGCCAACAUUUACACAGAAAAUUGACAUAAAUCUGUACUUUUCAUAGUUUUUUAUAAUCUGUCUGUCAUGUGACAAAGAUGGUUAUGCACAAAACGUUUGCACACUGAUUUUGAUUAAUGUAUCUGUGAUGGAUAAACAGUACACAUUUAAUGGUCGCCUCAGUAAUUUAAAGUAGUCACCAUUCAAUGUGACGUCAAGAUCAAGGAGAGACAAAAAGCCACUGAACUAUCCCACUUGUUUUCAGGUAUAUUUCAGGAUCUCGAUGAUCCAAUUUAAUGCUCUGAUGGAAAUAAUAGAACCACAGAUUGAAAAGAAGACUUGUAUCCACUAGCUAUUUCCAAUUACCAUUUAUUCCUUGUUUGUAUUAAAAUGCUUGUUAAUGAGAGACAAAGCUAAUCCAUUUCCAGAUGCAAUUUUGGAUCAUAACAUUUAUACGAUGGCAAAACAAUGUUCUGGCACAUGUUAUGCUCAUCUAAGUGUUCAUUAUUUAAUUUGCUAACUUUUACUUGAACAGGUUGACCUCCUUCAGGGUUUAAAAAGUACUCCUCAUACGGUGCAUAGCUGCUGCAGCUUUUGCCAUCGUUUCUUCAAAAUGCAUCAUUUUAACUUCCAACUGCUCCAACUGGUCAUUUGAUGUCAAUAGAAAUUUGACUGCAAGAGGCAGACAACAAGACUGCUGUUUAUUGCUUGUAUUCAGUUAUGUGUCUGUUAGGUUCACGUGCUUCUGGUGAGUGAGUGAAGUGGUGGCCAAACAAAUCAUAAUGGCCAACAUUUUUCAAGAACAAUAUCAGAUGUUGUCAGAGUAUUUUCAAAGUUCAGAUGUAGGUUCAUGCUCUAGGUACCUUAAAAAUGUUGAGCUAUGUGAUGACAUAGAUCCUCAUAUGGCAUUUAAGACAGAUUUAAGCUUUUCAUAGGUGGAAUAAAAUUAAGUUAAAUACAACCAAGCAGGUGACAACAUGGAAGUUUGGAAGCCUAUAACUUUUUAUGGAUGAGUGAAAAGUGUUGGGAUAAAGACGUUUUAUGGCACAAGUACAGAUUUUAGUGAUUUAAUAUUGUUGUUCCCACAUGUGUGGAAACUGCUGUAUCACUCAGCUGUUGACUAUCCUGCACAUUUUUUACAUGUUUUCCUGCUCCAACACAUCUUAUUCAAAUUAAAUAGAUCCACCAACUUGUUGUCAGGUUCUGCACAAUGAAUUAAUGAUCCAUUCAUUUAAAUGUUUGUUUGUUGAAACAGGGAAAUAUCUAAAACUUGCAGGACCAAGUUUGUCCAUCCCUGGCCUAGAUUCCUCAUAGGAGCCAGUCUGUGUUGCCACAAUCAUUAGCCUAAGUUAAAAUUAUAACUCAUAUGUUCUUGGUUAGAAACCACAAUUGUGGUGAGAAAAACAAGAAAGCAGCUGAAACCUUUAUCACCCAUGAACUUUAAUUUACCUACAACACAGCAGAAGCUAACAGAGAUGGACCCUAACCAACGGAAGUAAAGUUAUUUACAAAGUUAUUUACUUUAACCAGGUGAUCGGACAGGAUUUGACUCAGCUCCUUUAGAUCCCAAAGAAAGGUUCACAGACCUCUCAACAUCUCUUUGUAAUCCUUGAGUAUAAAAAUUCAAUUUUUAUGAUUUUAUGAGGAACCCUCCUAACCUUAACAACACAAACGUACAGCAUUUUCUAACAAUCAACAACAUAUUUGUCUCAUAUGCUCUGGCCUGUAAUGAGCUUGGUUGACCACCACUUCAUGUUACCCAUAACAACUGAGAUGGAUGUGAUGUUAUGUGACUACAAUAAAGAUUUUUCUUAGGUGUAUCAAACUGGCUACUAGGCAGGGAUUAUGCAAAUGUAUUUCAUUACGAUGUUGUUGCUUAAAACUCAUUGUUUGGCCUUUUUAAUAAUGCGGACAUUUUACAAGAACAAAAAAGUAUGUAACAUAUUGAAAGUAAGAGAAUAAACAUUUGGUAUAGUAAUGACUUAAAAAAAUAAAAUAAAACUUUGAAAUGGAGAACAUUUUACCAAAACUAACAACAUAAUAGACUGACGUCCAACAUGAUGUGUUUUUUUAUACUUAUAUUUAACAAUAUACUAAUUCACGGUUUAUUUAUGUAAGAAAACAAGCUUAAAUCACAAGACUACUUGUGAGCCACUCAUAUAAUGAGGUUCAUGUUUUAUUUUGCUUAAUUGUGGUAUUAAUUUUUCACAGUGUAUUUAAGGUUGACUGAUGCAUUA